CACACACACACACACGUGACCUCACCCAAACAUUCACUUCCUUCACGACAUUGAAGAGAAUGAGGUCACAAUAUCCUAAAGCAAAUACAUGUUCACUGCCUAUAUCUUCCAACUGUUCAUCAAGCCUAUGCUGAUUUUAAAAAGAACAUGAUUUAUGCAAUUCAAUUGUCCAGGCUUUUGGGUUUUGUUAAAUGGUAUAAUGUUCUGGUUUUGCAGAGCGUUAACAUUUUCUUACAGUUCUAAGUCUCUUUUUAAAAGAUACAGGUUUGUGUUCUUGCCAUACACUCUAGAGCAGAGGUUCUCAAACUUUUGUAACUAUUGUAAUUAUAGCUGACACUUAGAUGAACAUUUUACAGUUGGUUGUGUGACUACAUCAUUCCCUUCAAAUGCUAUUGAGCUUUAAAUGAUGGUAUAUUUUGUGUAUGGGCCAUUCUGCAGUGAAAUACAUGUCAAAUUACAUGUGAUUUAAUAGUUUAUUUUAAUAAAUAUCAAAAAUCUAAAAGGUGUGCGCCAUACCGGACACUUAGUUGAACACUUUACAGUUGACUGUAUGACUGUAAGUCAUUCCCUUCAAAUGCUAUUGAACUUAGAAACGUAUAUGAAAAUGUCUUAUGUAACUUUAGAGACGGUCCCUUAAUUUCCGCAUAUCUGAGAAUAUCGAACGUCCAACGUCAAACCAACUUUAUUCCAGUCUUUUAGCUGGGAGUACGCCAGAGGGGUAGUAUGUCCGAAUUCUCAGUAGGCGAGAAACAGUAGCUGAGAAAUACCCAGAUGGCGUACUGCUUCCAGCGAGAUUUUGCAGUAUGCAACCGAUGGACACUACGCGAGUCAAAAAUCCCAUAACGCUGUGCGACUGGUACGGACGAGCUCAGAAAAAUGGUGAAAGACCAAAGCAAACACCGCGCGAGCUUCACUACGGGAAGUGUCAAGCUUGACCGCUCCGUUUUCAACUCCUCCCGUGACUGCAAGCGGCAACUCUCGCUGAUCAGUUACAUCCAGCCGAAGUCGAUCGCACCUGUCGCACGUCCGGAAUUGUAUUCAUACUACACACAUACUGAUUAGUACGUACUGUUCCAACAGCUAUGCAUUAGGUAGUGCAUCGAAUGCAGUAUGUACUAUUACAUUACGCGAUUUCGGACGCAGAGUCACAGUCGCGUGUCCGUCACGUCAUAUACUCCCUGCUUAUUGAUUGGCUAGAGAAGAGCUGUUGGCUUAGAACCGGUAGGCCAAUAGAGACUUUAAUCCCGCCCCUUAUUUGCAUGACACUUUGUUCGUAGUUUUUGUAAUUACACAAACUUGGAAACGAAGGUAAAGAAAAUUGCGUGAGUGAAAAUAAAAUUAUGAACAAAAAAUUAGCACAGAGAGAGGAAGCAUCAGAGUAAAUGAAACAUGGAAAGCACAAUUCUGUUUUUAAUUACGAUUAUUUUGUGUUCUUGUGUUCUUUUUUUUCCAGAUAUUUUUUUUACAUUUUGUAUUCAAUUCUAUGAUUAGUGUGUAUUUUUUAUUUUUUAUUUUUACCACCACGAUACUUGUGGCGUGAAGUUGACGCCGUAUAUUUUCCUGUAUGGCACCAUCAUUAGACAGAUCAUGUGACAUUUUCCAGGUUACUUGAAGAGUACAUAAAGAUCAGCGCUGCCUGAAAUCUGCGUCCCACUCCUACAUCCGCUUACGUCACUUCCUUACCUUAAAAAAAAACAUGGCGUUACUUCUAAGGAUGGUGGCCCGGCAGGGUCUAUGUCCAUCUCGGGCACAACUCUGUAGGCAUGCUGUUCCCAUGGGAACCUCAGCAAAAGAGGAGAUGGACAAAUUCUGGGCCAAAAACUCUCGACUCAACAGACCUCUUUCUCCUCAUAUAACCAUUUAUAGGAGCUGGCGUUACUAUGGUAACUGUGCCUUGCAGGUGGUCAGUCCCCAUGAUGAUGUCAAUCACUCACAGAGGAACAGGCGUAGUGCUCAGUGCAGGUAUUUCUGCUUUUGCAGCUGCUGCGCUAGUAUUGCCGGGCAGUUUUCCUUACUACUUGGACCUGGUCCACUCGUUCUCCAUGGGUCCAGCUCUCAUCACCACAGCCAAAUUUGCCCUGUCCUUCCCAGUGGCCUACCACACUUACAAUGGCAUUCGCCACCUGAUGUGGGAUGUCGGUAAGGGCUUUAAGAUCCCUGAGGUCUACCAUUCUGGCUACAUUGUUAUCGCUCUGUCCAUUUUCACCUCAGUCGCCUUGACUGCACUCUGAACCUGAUGUAGUAAUGAAGAAGAAAGUGUUCAAAAAAAGAAUGUGAGAAACAGAAGGAGAAUGAGAUGGUUUUUGUUUGUGACUGUCUUUAGAUGCCCCUUGUGGCCCUGACUCAUUAAUAAAGGAAAUUUCUAAAUUAAGAAAUAUCUAUA